ACAGUUUACGUGUAAACCUCGAAGUGUCAAAAAAGCUUACGUGAGGAAAGGCGUAUCAUUUGAGUACGUGGCAAAACAGACGGUUUUUCUUCGUGAACCAGUUGGAGAAGAUCGCUUCAUCUUCUGUACCAAUAUCAACACCAGAAUGGGAGGAAAAGAUGUAAAGCUCGGCACAAUGAAGGCUCUUAUUCUUGUUGGAGGCUAUGGAACCCGCCUACGCCCACUCACGCUUAGCAGACCUAAGCCUCUGGUUGAAUUUGCUAAUAAACCAAUGCUGAUGCACCAGAUUGAAGCGCUGCUCGAGGCCGGAGUCACUCAAGUUGUUUUGGCCGUGUCUUAUAGAGCUGAACAAAUGGAAAGCGAAUUGAGGGCCGAAACGGACAAGUUAGGAAUCACGCUUACAUUUUCGCAUGAAACGGAACCCCUUGGUACAGCCGGUCCUUUAGCCCUGGCCAAGGAUAUCCUAGCCUCUGGCGAGGAACCUUUCUUCGUUCUCAAUUCGGACGUCAUAUGUGAUUUCCCAUUCAAGGAAAUGGUAGAUUUUCACAAGGCUCACGGCAAAGAGGGCACUAUAGUGGUAACCAAGGUGGAGGAGCCUUCCAAAUAUGGUGUAGUUGUCUACAGUGAUCAAGGCCGAAUCGAAAAGUUUGUUGAAAAACCAACAGAAUUCGUCUCAAAUAAAAUCAACGCAGGAAUGUAUAUCUUUAAUCCUUCAAUUAUGAAGCGCAUUGAGUUGCGACCCAUGAGUAUUGAAAAGGAAGUAUUCCCCUGUAUGGCAAAUGACGCUGAAUUGUUUGCUUACGAGUUACAAGGAUUUUGGAUGGAUGUUGGACAACCUAAGGAUUUCAUUACAGGCACAUCUCUUUACUUAAAGUCAGUGCGUGAAAAAAACCCUUCUAUGCUAUAUACGGGCCCCGGGGUGGUAGGGAACUCACUAGUAGACCCGACAGCAGUUAUUGGUGCUAACUGCAGAAUAGGCCCGAACGUAACUAUUGGACCGGGAGUAGUAAUCGAAGAUGGUGUUUGCGUCAAGCGGUGCACUAUCCUGCGAGGUGCAACAAUCAAAUCACAUUCGUGGCUAGACUCUUGCAUAGUUGGAUGGAAAUGUGUUGUCGGACGAUGGGUCCGACUGGAAAAUGUCACCGUUCUGGGCGAAGACGUCAUUGUCAAAGAUGAGAUUUACAUCAAUGGCGGGAAAGUUCUUCCUCACAAAGCCAUAUCUGACUCUGUCCCUGAACCACAAAUCAUCAUGUGAACUACUAUUUACAAGCAUUACUUGUUUUGUUUUGUUUUUAAAGUGCAUGUUUUACUGUGUGCCUUGUUCUCCUUUUGUUCUUAAAAAAAAAAAAAAAAAAAAAUUGUUGGUACAAGUUUGGGAAAUGUGGUUUGGUCAGGGGUAUCUGUUGUGUAUCUACAAAAAGAAUAGCUAUUCUAAUCACUUGCAGAAUACAAAGCAUUCCAACACUUUU